CAUAUUUCCAGAGGUCUGGUAUUUAAAUCAGCUGCAGUGAAGAAGCCGGGGAACCUGUGGUCGUCUGAGAUUGUACAGAGCAGUAGGCAUAGCGUCUUAAUUAUACAUUUUUUUAAAUUUAUUAUAGUCAUUUACGUUUUUAAAGUUUUAAGUACACAAUUCGAGGGGUCAUAGUCGAAGGACACGUUUAUUCCUGUAGUAUUUCGAAUGUAAGAAGAUAUGCUGUAAAUAUGACUUCUACUCGGAUUCCUCUGCAGUUUGAAUGAAAUCUUGGGUUGUGCUUUUAAUUCUCUAUGUGUAACAUUUUUACAGGAGACAGUGCGAGAUCAUCUCAAGAUAAAGCUGAAUGCAUUUUGGCGAUCUCGGCCUUUAAAGCAAAAAGCGGAUUGUGGUUACCUGGAAAGAGAGGACGCUGUCAAUGAAGAAAUUUUGAUGGCGAAGUAUGUUCUGAUUAAAUACUAACACAUUUGAAAAGCUUUUAAGAACGCCAUCUGAAAAACAAUUGCAAAGGAAGUAUCUUUUUCUUUAAAGUGGGGGAACACUACGCAAUUUAGUAACCACGCUGCGUGUUUUCAAAGAACACUCCAAUUCUUUAAAUUGCAUAGAUUACUGAUAGUGUAAAGUUAUCGAUUACCGAAUUGCAUCAUGUUCAGCUGGUUGGGUAAUGAUGACAGGAGGAAGAAGGACCCUGAAGUGUUUCAGACCGUGAGCGAGGGGCUGAAGAAGCUGUACAAGACGAAGCUGUUGCCCCUGGAAGAGCACUACAAAUUUCACGAGUUCCAUUCGCCGGCGCUGGAGGAUGCCGAUUUUGACAACAAACCAAUGAUACUGCUGGUGGGACAGUACUCCACUGGGAAGACCAGCUUCAUUCGGUACCUCUUGGAGCAGGACUUCCCUGGCAUGCGAAUUGGCCCGGAGCCCACAACCGACUCCUUUAUUGCGGUAAUGCAUGGUGACGUGGAAGGGCUGAUCCCUGGAAACGCGCUGGUGGUGGAUCCGAAGAAGCCUUUCAGAAAGCUCAAUGCAUUCGGCAAUGCUUUUCUCAAUAGGUUUGUAUGCGCACAGCUACCCAACCGUGUUCUGGAGAGCAUCAGUGUGAUUGACACUCCAGGAAUUCUGUCAGGGGAGAAGCAGAGGAUCAGCAGGGGCUAUGACUUUGCUGCAGUGCUGGAGUGGUUCGCCGAGAGGGUGGACCGCAUCAUCCUGCUGUUCGACGCCCACAAGCUGGACAUCUCUGAUGAGUUCUCCGAGGUCAUCAAGGCUCUGAAGAACCAUGAGGACAAAAUCCGCGUGGUUCUGAACAAGGCUGACCAAAUCGAAACCCAGCAGCUGAUGCGGGUCUAUGGCGCCCUCAUGUGGUCGCUGGGCAAGAUUGUCAACACCCCCGAAGUCAUCCGCGUCUACAUUGGCUCCUUCUGGUCCCACCCGCUGCUCAUCCCAGACAACCGCAAGCUGUUUGAAGCAGAGGAGCAGGACCUGUUCAAGGACAUCCAGUCCUUGCCCAGAAAUGCUGCUUUGAGGAAGCUCAAUGACCUUAUCAAGAGGGCACGGCUGGCAAAGGUCCAUGCUUACAUAAUCAGCUCCUUGAAGAAAGAGAUGCCUGCUGUCUUUGGAAAAGAAAACAAGAAGAAGGAGUUGAUAAACAGUUUGGGGGAAAUCUACGGGCGAAUUGAGAGGGAACAUCAGAUUUCUCCAGGGGAUUUCCCUAACCUAAAGAAAAUGCAGGAUCAGCUACAAGCCCAUGACCUGACCAAGUUUCAGCCACUGAAGGCAAAACUGCUGGACACUGUAGAUGACAUGUUGGCCAACGACAUUGCUCAGCUCAUGGUGCUGGUAAGGCAGGAGGAGACCCAGAAACCCAACCAGGUGGUCAAGGGAGGUGCCUUCGACGGCACGCUCAACGGGCCUUUUGGUCAUGGCUAUGGCGAGGGAGCAGGCGAAGGCAUCGAUGAGGUGGAGUGGGUGGUGAUCCGAGACAAACCCAUGUAUGACGAAAUCUUCUACACUCUUUCCCCCGUCAAUGGGAAAGUCACUGGCGCCAAUGCCAAGAGAGAGAUGGUGAAGUCUAAGCUACCCAACACUGUACUGGGGAAGAUUUGGAAACUGUCUGACAUUGACAAAGAUGGCAUGCUGGAUGAUGAGGAGUUUGCCCUGGCGAACCACCUUAUCAAGGUCAAACUGGAAGGCCAUGAGCUACCCAGUGAGCUCCCUCCACACCUAGUCCCUCCUUCCAAGAGGAAAAUUGCUGAAUAAAUGAGGGUGCAAAUAAUAAUGGGAAGUAGAAUGUAGGCUUCAGAAACUUAACAAAAAGGAGCACAGUUUUCAGACCCUUUGGUCAGCCAGUGAAAGCAGGGAUAAAAUUGCUUCCUUGCUGCAACUUUUUUGUUUCUUAAAUUGAAUGAAUCUUAAUCAUGAGAGUGUGGUGAGGAGAAAUUUAGGUUUAGAUCCCCUUUGUUACCAUGCUUUAGAGAGGGUCUGGUUCACCAAUCUAUAUACACAUGGAUUGCUAAAAGCAGUCUUCCUAUUAGCCUACUCUUGUGGGUGUUAAAAGGAAAAGAGUUGUUGGGUAAGACUGAUACGAAAUGAAAUUGCCAUCUUUUUUUCUUCUUUGAGUCUAAACUUAGAAGAAUAUUAUUUGGCUUUUCAGGACCCUAGGCAUGCUUUGUAAGGGAAAAUGUCUUAAUUCUUUAGACUUGUUCCUCUUUGUACAGAUACACAUACUGUAACUCUAGAUCAUAAUAUAUUCAUAUAUUGUAUCUGAUGACCUUGUAGAAGUAGGUGUAGAGAUCUUCUUUCUUCUUGCAAACAGGCAGCAUCAAAACUUAAAUGCAAGCCCUUCAUAGCCUGACCGAGAGACUGUUAAAUUAGGUAACUGAAGUUUUUUUCUUGUGUUGGCAGUUGAGAGGUCUUUUAAGUGCUUAGUGUUUAAAAUUAGAAGUAGUAUCCCUGUCUACUUACUAUACAUGAAUAAAUAUUUAUCUUAUUACAGCUACCUAGAGUACUUUGUAGGAUGUAUUUAAAUGUCUGCUGAAUGGAAAACGGACACUUUUUUGGGGAAAUCUGAAAUCUGGGAAAUGUUUCUAUGAAAAGAUGGUGCAGAAUAAGUUGUGACAUACCUCUGUUGUUAGCUAUCUUAAAAUAAUGUGUGCUUCUAUGGUAGAAUAGUUUUCUCCAGGUUGACACUAUGCUCUUGCUUAUACAUUUUGGAGAUGCUGAGUCUGGUAGUGCUUAGAGAAUAGUUGUUACAAUGAGGAAAAUAUUACUCCAGUAACAGGUCAGAUAACAGCCUGCUGUUUAUUAUUUUCACUAUUUAUAACAGAUUUCUUUUAUUUAUGUAGUGUGGCCUUUUAGCGCAGAAAUUAGCACACUGAUGGAGAUUUUCCUUUGUGUCAAAUAGAGGUUUCCCACAACGAUUUGAAAGGAGGCUAUAAUUAAUUAAGCAGUUCUAUCCCGACAGAGCGUAAUUAAAUUAUUAGACUGGAUGAGAGGUGUGUAGUGUGCCUUCAAUCAAGCAAUGAAAUAACUCUGCAAUGUGUGAGCCCUAGAGCAUCCCGACGCUGUUCAUAUCACACUGACACAUGCCUUGCUGAUUUGUUGCUUAUUAUAA